AUUGCGUUGUAAAUGUCAUACUGUGUAUCUGUGAUUUGACAAUGAAAACAACACAGAAGAGAGCCGCAAGUCAAGGUCUUCCUGAUCUGGAUGUGGGUGUUAUCUCGAAAACGGGGCAUCAAGCAGAUUUGACCUUCACUUCCUGUUUCCUCUUCUGAUCCACACCACCGUUUGAGGCUUUUUUUCCCCCGCAUUCGCUUUUUUUGGAGUCUUCACUUUUGCCCACUGCUGUUUUAACUGCUUUUUAGUUUCAAAACCAUGGCAAGAUUUUGGUUCUUCGCCCAGUUGUUACCUGUGUGUCUUGCGGCCUCCUUUCCUGUCACUAGACCCAACGUGAUUCAAGCAGGACCCCUGGGUCGCAGAGCUGCCGGCGUCUUCAUGCUCAUCGAAGGAGGAAUUUACACGUUGAACUUCACUUCUGCCAGGGCCGCCUGCCUGUGGCUAAAUGUCACCAUGGCGACCAGGGACCAGAUGGAGGGAGCGGUGCAGCAGGGACUGGAAACGUGCAAAUUCGGGUGGAUUGCGGAAGGGAUUGCAGUAAUCCCGCGAAUUUCAUCCAACAGAAACUGUGGAAACGGCAAAACCGGGGUGGUGCAGUGGUCCGCAAUUCCAGACAGAAAGUUUGGCGUUUACUGCUUCAAUGCCUCAGAUUUAGAGGAAACUAAGACCACAUCAAAAGCCGCCGCCCAAACCUCCACAUCUCCAACCACGCCCACAGAACUGAUCCAAACCCAAACCCAAACCCAAACCCAAACCCUGACCCCGACACCUACCACACCUCUGACUGCGUCUUCAAGACAGAAAACGACGACCAAAUCUCCUGAGCAGACGUCUGCUUUUACUGUCCAGGUCGAGACAACGCGUUCAACUAGGGUUUCCUCCACCUCCACACCCCGGGACACCGUCUCCACCCAUGUUCCUACAUCUCGUUCUCACUUCGUUGCCUCAAAACCAACUGUCCUCACGUCGGCUUUUCCUACUUCUGUGUCCGUGCCGCCUCAGUCCAAGAGCGCUGCAAAACCUUCUCUAGGAGUUGUGCCUAUGGCACUCAUCGUUCUUGGCGUCAUCCUCCUGCUCCUGACAGCGGCAGGUGCUGUGUGGUACUCCAAACUAAAUAUUUUCACCUGUUGGUCUCCGGGGCGGCAGAAGGACGACACAGAGACAGAGAUGUGGAAGAACACCGACAGCGAGGUGGACCUGCGAAGUCAACAUGGAGCGGGGGAAGAUGAUGAAUAUGAUGAAUUGGACAGGAAGUACUCCAGUGACAUCACGCUGUGUGUGAAUCCAAAUUUCAAAACAAACCCCUCGGAGUAGCUUGACCAUAUUUCUGUGGGAAUAUUGUCUAAAGUGAACAGAUCGGGGUUUCACUCCGGUCGAGUUCAAAGAGUCAGUGCCAAGACAAGCUGUUCUGGUGGAGCAUGGUGGCGAAACACCUUAACAAGUCACUUUUUUCCCCCUCUAAUUUGUCACCGAUCCCUUGAAGCGUCACACUCUCAGAAUGGACUUAUCAGUGACACAUGGUUUAGAAAUUAAACUUAAAGUGAACAAUA